AUGGCCGCGUCUAUUUUGGAGGAUGAAGGUCGCUAUGGGUCCAGUCCCUUGGCGAUGCUGACUGCCACUUGCAAUAAGUUUGGCAGCACCAGCCCAGUGAGGGACUCUGCCACGCCUGGCAAGGCGGGCAGCGCGGCACCCGGAAAGAAGCCCUACAGCCUGACCUCCGACCUCCAGGCACCAAAGAAUGGGAGGGCCAGCGAAGGCCUCACCGAUACUUACACAGGUUCCUUCAGCGCUGGCGGCGGGCUCCUCACCCCCUCCGGCAGCCCUCCUCCCCCAACUGGAGGCUACACCUCCGAAUACAACCCCUUCUCCCACUCCUUCCAGACCUCCUCUGGCUCCCAGGACCCCUCGCUGCUGGUGUCGAAGGCUCACGCCACUGCCGACUGCCUGACCAGCGUCUACACCUCUCUGGACAUGGCGCACCCCUACGGCUCCUGGUACAAGGCAGGGAUCCACCCUGGCAUCACUGCGGCGCCAGCCAAUGCCACCUCCUCCUGGUGGGACGUACACCCCAACUCCAACUGGCUGAGUGCGGCACAGACUCAGCCCGACAGCCUGCAGGCCUCCCUCCAGCCUGUGCCGCCCCAAGCCUCCCUCAGCCCGCAGCUGCCCAGCUACAGCUCUGACUUCACCUCACUGAACCCGGCGCCCUACUCCACCGUGGGCCUGGGCUCCUCCUCCCACCUGCUCCAAUCCUCGCAGCACAUGCUGCCCCAGGACAUGUACAAGCCCAAACCGGUGCCCAGCGGCGCCCUCAUGGAGAGCCCCAUAGGCCUGAAGCCGGCACGGGCCUCAGGCGGGUACGGAGGUGGAGGCACUCCGGGCCGGUCCUCCUGCGACUGCCCCAACUGCCAGGAGCUGGAGCGCCUGGGCGCGUCGGCCGCCUCCCUGCGGAAGAAGCCGGUGCACAGCUGCCACAUCCCGGGCUGCGGCAAGGUGUACGGCAAGGCCUCCCACUUGAAGGCCCACCUGCGCUGGCACACGGGCGAGCGGCCCUUCGUCUGCAACUGGCUGUUCUGCGGGAAGCGCUUCACCCGCUCCGACGAGCUGGAGCGGCACGUGCGCACCCACACGCGCGAGAAGAAGUUCACCUGCCUGCUGUGCAACAAGCGCUUCACCCGCAGCGACCACCUGAGCAAGCACCAGAAGACCCACGGCGAGGCCUCGCUUCAGGGCAAGGCCGGGGCGGGCGAGGGAGAGCCCGACCCCCGGAGCGAGGAAACUGUCGACCCCACCCCCGCCCCGCCCAGUAACGCCGUCCCAGACCCCACCACCAACGGAGAGGAGAAGACUGGUGCAGCAGCUGGCGUGGAGACGGGCAGCGGCCUGCUGGAGAUCUGA